AUGGCGGAGUCGGGGCAAGACGUCCCCAUGGACGCUGCUGUUGAGAAAAGAGUGGAAGAACUGGAAAAAAUAAAUGCAGAACUUCUUAGGACCAAGCAGCAACUGGAGCAAGAAUUUAAUCAGAAGAGAGCUAAGUUUAAGGAGUUAUACUUGACCAAGGAAGAGGAUUUAAAGCGCCAGCAUGUCGCUGCACAGGCUGCACAAGAUGAGAUAGCUCAACUGAACCUCCAGUUAUCAGAAGCACAUGCAGAGAUGGAAAACAUCAAAGCUAUUGCUACAGUGUCAGAGAACACUAAGCAGGAAGCCAUUGAUGAGGUGAAGAAACAAUGGCAAGAAGAGGUGGCAUCUCUGCAAGCUAUCAUGAAAGACACAGUGGGUGAAUAUGAAAUUCGGUUUCAUCGCAGAUUGGAGCAGGAGCGUGCACAGUGGGGACAGUACAGAGAUUCUGUGGAAAGAGAGAUUGCAGAGCUUAGGAGGCGGCUUUCUGAAGGCCAACAAGAAGAGAACUUGGAAAAUGACAUGAAAAAGGCUCAAGAGGAUGCAGAAAAGCUGCGUUCCGUAGUGAUGCCCAUGGAAAAAGAGAUUGGAACAUUAAAGGAGAAGUUGUCAGAAGCGGAGGAGAAGAUCAAGGAGCUUGAAGCAUCUAAGGUGAAGGAAUUGAAUCAUUACCUGGAAGCUGAAAAAUCCUGCCGGACAGACUUAGAGAUGUAUGUGGCUGUUUUAAAUACUCAAAAGUCUGUCCUUCAAGAAGAUGCUGAAAAGCUAAGGAAAGAGUUACAUGAAGUUUGUCAUCUGCUAGAACAAGAGAGGCAACAACACAAUCAGCUGAAACAUACAUGGCAGAAGGCCAAUGAUCAGUUCCUUGAGUCCCAGCGUUUGAUGAUGCAAGACAUGAAGCGCAUGGAGUCUGUGUUGACCACAGAACAGCUACGACAAGUCGAGGAAAAGAAAAAGAAAGACCUGGAAGAAGAUGAGCAAAGAAGCCGUAGCAAAACGGAGAGGAAACAGAAAAGAGAAGAGGAGGAAUCAAAAAUAACACUUACUCAUGAAGAAUCCUUUCCAAAUCUUCAAAUUCAAGAGGGUCUCCUAAACAGUUCUCAUGGCUCAAUCCAUUCAUUGGAUGCAGACAUAACAUUGCAUGAAGGAGAAUGUUUUGGCAAGCAAGAGGACUUAUUUAAAGAUGGACUUCGAAGAGCACAGUCUACAGAUAGUCUAGGCACAUCUGGGCCAUUGCAGGCAAAAACCUUGGUAUAUAACAACAAAGCCAAAUCAGCUGGCAACCUUGAUGAAUCUGACUUCGGCCCCCUUGUAGGAGCAGAUUCUGUUUCUGAGAAUUUUGACACUUCUUCCCUUGGAUCUUUGCACAUGCCAAGUGGAUUCAUGUUAACCAAAGAUCAGGAGAAAGCAAUCAAAGCCAUGACUCCUGAGCAAGAGGAGACCGCAUCGCUGCUCUCAAGUGUCACACAGGUUACGGAGAGUGCAUAUGUUCCUCCAUCUGGUUACCGUUUGGUGAGCGAGACAGAAUGGAAUUUAUUACAAAAAGAGGUGCACACAGCUGGUAAUAAGCUAGGACGACGAUGUGAUAUGUGCUCUAAUUAUGAAAAACAGUUGCAGGGGAUUCAGACACAGGAAGCAGAAACAAGAGAUCAAGUUAAAAAACUGCAAGUAAUGCUGAGACAAUCAAAUGACCAAUCUGAGAAAAGCUUAAAAGAAAAGCAGGAACUGGAGGAGUAUUUAAAGCAAAAUUCUGAAGAAACUGUUAAACAGAUAACUGCCCUAACACUGCGAGCUCAGGAUUCAGAAGCGUUGCUCGCUGAAAUUCAGCAGACGUUCUCUCUAGCAAAGAGAAGUGUUCAAGAACAGAUGGCUGUGCUGACACAGUCACGGGAGCAAGUCUCUGAAGAGUUGACUAGGCUACAGAAGGACAAUGAGAGUCUUCAAGGAAAACAUAGCUUGCAUGUGUCACUACAGCAGGCAGAAAAUUUCAUUCUUCCUGAAACAAUUGAGGAACUACAUGAAUUAGUUCUGAAAUAUAGGGAAGAUAUUAUAAGUGUCCGGACUGCAUCAGACCACCUUGAAGAAAAACUGAAAGCAGAAAUUUUAUUCUUAAAGGAGCAAAUUCAAGCAGAGCAAUGUCAGAAAGAAAAUAUAGAAGAAACCCUACAGAUUGAAAUAGAAAAUUGUAAAGAGGAGAUAGCAUCAAUAUCAAGUUUAAAAGUUGAGCUGGACAGAAUAAAAGCAGAAAAAGAGCAGCUAGAGUCUACCUUACAAGAAAAGACAAAAGAACUGCAGAAUAUUCAAGAAUUCAGAAAUUCCUUGGAGGACCAACUUAGAAAAGAGACAUCCAGCAAGACUAGCCUGGAACAGCUUUUAUUUGAAGAAAAGAACAAGGCACAGAGGCUGCAGACAGAAUUGGAUGUCAGUGAGCAAGUGCAGAGAGAUUUUGUGAAGUUAUCCCAAACAUUGCAGGUGCAGCUGGAGCGUAUUCGGCAGACUGAGUCCUUGGAUGCCAUUCGAGCUAUUCUGAAUGACACAAAACUGACAGACAUUAAUCAGCUUCCUGAAACAUGA